AUGAAGGGAACCCGGGGGUUUUAUUUCAUGGUGCACUCUGGUCAGGGGAGGCAUGAUGCGUAUGAUCUGUCCGUGUCUGCGCCCACAAUCCCCUCCAUCGAGAACUACAAGGAAACUACCUCAGUGGAUCGUCCAUCGCUGGUGCCACCGACUGAUGGGCUUCGCCACCCUGUCCAUGCCCCAGGCGACACGUCAGCUCCUCCCGCUCAAUCAGUAUCCACCCAAACCAGCGUCUGCCCGCCCCCGUCCGCGGAGAGCAGCGAGUCAGCCAUAGAUGCCAGCGCAGUGGAUGCUGCUUGCGCUUCUCAGACAGACCACCCGCCUCAGCCCUUGGGACUUUCUGACUCUGCAGAGUCUUCAUCUUCUCAGUUAUCCAGUGUAGACCAGGCCACGGGGCCCACGGUGGCCCUCAAGGACGCACUAGCUGACUUUGUGCAAGCCCAGCACCGGGGAGAUCCUACAAGUCAGAAUUCAGACUUUGUGCAAGCCCAGCACCGGGGAGAUCCUACAAGUCAGAAUUCAGCAUUUGUUAAAGAUCACGAUGCCGAGCUGCACGCCGGUCACUCACCUCAGGCUCCUCCUCCUGCUCUUCUGCCUACAAACACGGAGGACACAAUGGAUGUGGACACACAGACGCCUCUCGCAGUAGCUGCCGCCGAGACCUGCGAACGAUAUAGUGCCGGCAAUGCGCAGCCGCCGUCCUCGGAAAACUCUAGCAACCACCCGGCCUCCUCUGACGCGCCCGGCGCUGCCAUUUCUCAUGUCGACGACACCCCGCAGGAUGGCCCAAAACCAUCCCCCGGAACCGACGUAGACGAAAGCUGCUUCUCUCUGGCUGCUGCUCUGAAAGAACUCCAUCGAUUGUUAGUGGCCAGUGGCCAGGGGCCGUCUAGAGCCACGGAAGAGCCAUUUCCUCCGGGUCACCCAGGAUCCCUCCAGGACAGGUCAUCGGAGGACGCCCCUUCCAAGAAGAAUGUGACCGGGGAACGGGACACCAACGGGGCUCUGCUGUGUCGGGGUCCGGUUCAAAAAACCGCAAAUUCGGCAAUCUCUGAAGACUUGAGACGGGAAGAGAGCAAUCUGUCCGAAGACUCCGUACAGGAAGAGCGCAAUCUGACCGAAGACUCCGUACAGGAAGAGCGCAAUCUGACCAAAGACUCCGUACAGGAGGACAACAAUCUGUCCGACGACUACGUACUGGAAGAGCGCAAUCUGUCCGAAGACUCCAUACAUGAAGAGCGCAAUCUGUCCGAAGACUCCAUACAUGAAGAGCGCAAUCUGUCCGAAGACUCCGUACAGGAGGACAACAAUCUGUCUGAAGAUUUGAUGCAGGAGGACAACAAUCUGUCCGACGACUCCGUACAGGAAGAGCGCAAUCUGUCCGAAGACUCCGUACAGGAGGAGAGUGACCUCUGCUAUUCUGAUAUCUCUCUGUUAGACACAGCCGACAUCACAGAGCCCCCUGUGUCCAGUCUUCCCUCUGCUGAGGCCACUGAUGUGAACGGAAAUCCUAUCCAAACCUCGCCUGCUGACGACGGACUAUCUUGGCCGACUUCUGAUCCUGAAGGACGCGUUGGCGGGCAGAUCCCCGUUGCGCGACCUACGGCCUCCUCCCCAUCUGCUGUAGAGAGGAUCGUCCAAGCGGGGUUCCCAUUGCAUGAUGCACGUUUGGCACUGGAGCGCGCUGACGGGAACGUGGAGCUGGCGCUGCUUGCUUUGCUGGCCAAAAAUAUUGUCGUUCCUACGUAA